UGUGAGCGCCAUCCACCCCGCACCUGCAAACACAUACUCGCCAUACUCCUCCACCUCGCACACCUUCCCUUCCAUCUGCACACGCAACCCCUGGUCUGGCCGGAUGAGUUACCACCCGGUGGACACGAUAGGGAGUCCAUUCAGGAGAAGUAUGGAUAGUAGGACCACCUACGGCCGCUCCACUGGCACCCCCUCCAGCGGGUUCCGUUCUCAGUCCUGGUCCCGGGCAAGCCCAGGCUCCACGAUGACCUCCUCCUACAAGAGGACCGUCAAUAUGCCGGCAGCCAGAGCGUACAGCUCCACACUCCUCAGCUCCGCCGACAGCGUUGAUUUCAAUCAAACGAACGGAGACUACAAGCGCUCCAACGAGAAAGAGCAGCUCCAGGGGCUCAACGACCGCUUCGCCGGUUACAUCGACAAGGUGCACUACCUGGAGCAGCAGAAUAGCCAGAUUGAGGAGGAGAUCCAGACGCUGCGGCAGAAGCAGGUGUCGCAAUCCCAGCUAGGGGAUUUAUACGACCAGGAACUCCAGGAGCUGCGCUCCAUGCUGGAGCAGAUUCACCACGAUAAAGCGCAGAUCCAGCUCGACACGGACCACGUCGAGGAUGACAUCCAGAGAAUUAGGGACCGCUUUGAUGAGGAAGCCCGCAUCAGGGAUGAGACGGAAGGCAUCAUCCGGGCGUUGAAAAAAGAUAUGACCGACUCUGAUUUGGUGAAGUCAGAGUUGGAGAAGAAAGUUCAGUCACUGCAUGACGAGAUUGCCUUUAUCCGCAACAACCACGAGGAAGAGGUGAGCGACCUGUUCGCCCAGGUGCAGGCGUCGCAGGUGACCAUGGAGAGGAAAGACAUCCAGAAGACGGACAUCACCGAGGCGCUCCGGGAGAUCCGCACCCAGCUCGAGGGCCACUCCAACCAGAACCUGCAGCAGGUGGAGGACUGGUUCAUGUGCCGCUAUUCCAAGCUCACUGAUGCUGCGGAACAAAACAAAGAUGCAAUCAAGUCCGCCCGUGAUGAGAUAGCAGACUACCGCCGCCAGCUUCAGUCCAAGACCGUGGAGUUAGAGUCCGUCCGUGGAACCAGGGAGUCACUGGAAAGGCAGCUGAAUGACAUCGAGGACCGACACAACANUGAAUGUUGUUCUCUGCAGGAGACCAUCCACCAGCUGGAUAAUGAGCUCAAGGGCACGAAGUGGGAGAUGGCGCGCCAUCUGCGUGAGUACCAGGACCUGCUCAAUGUCAAGAUGGCCCUCGACAUUGAGAUUGCUGCAUACAGGAAACUCCUAGAAGGUGAAGAGACCCACUUUAGCACUUUCCCUUACCGCCACACCGUCACCUCCUCUAAGAAGUCCAAGUAUGAGCCUCCCAAACUGAAAGUUCAGCAUAAGUUUGUAGAGGAGAUCAUCGAGGAGACCAGGGUAGAGGAUGAGAAGGAUGAGAUGGCCCAGGCCCUGGAUAAGAUGGCCCAGGAGUUUUCUGCUUCUCUGGGGGCAGAGGCAACAGAUGACGGAGAGGAUGAGGGAGAAGAGGGAGGAGAAGAAGCAGAGGGAGAAGAGGGAGAAGGGGGAGAGGGUGAAUCAGAAGAGGUUGUAGCCUCCACUGAAGCCCAAGUUAGCUCCAGCACACCUGCUGAGGAGGAAGAGGAGGACAAAGAAGGUGGCGAUGAAGAGGAAAUGGGAGAAAAAGAAGAAGAGGGUGAGAAAGGAGAAGAGGGUGAGGAUGAGGGUGAGAAGGGAGAUGAUGCAGAAGGUGGUGAUGAGGGAGAAGGAGAGGGGGAAUUAGAGGAGACAGUCCUGCGCUCUAAAGCCCCAGAAUCAAAGGCCUCUCCUGACAAAGAGAAGGCUGGAGAGAAGGAGGGAAGCGGAGGAGAAGAGGAGACAGGAGAGGGAGAGGGAGAAGUGAAGGGUGAUGAUCAAGAUGAAGAUGCAGGUAGUGACAAAGGAUCCAAAGAUGGAGAUGAUGAGGAAGAUGAGAAGAAAGGAAAGGAUGAGAAAGAAGACGAAACGGAUGAGAAGGCAGCUGUAGCCAAGACAGAGGCUCCCAAAACAGAAUCCCCCAAGAGUGAGGCCCCAAAAGUUGAGGUCCAGAAAUCUGAGGCCCCAAAGCCCUCCAAGCCAGACUCCCUAAAAGCUGAAUCCCCAAAGGCUGGGUCUCCCAAGUCUGAGUCACCAAAAGCUGGAUCCCCCAAAAAUGAAUCCCCCAAAGCUGUAACCCCCAAAUCUGAAUCUCCAAAACCUGGCUCCCCCAAAUCUGAAUCCCCAAAACCUGCUGAAUCCCCCAAAUCUGAAUCCCCAAAACCUGCUGGAUCCCCUAAAUCUGAAUCCCCAAAACCUGCUGGAUCCCCUAAAUCUGAAUCCCCAAAACCUGCUGGAUCCCCUAAAUCUGAAUCCCCAAAACUUGCUGGAUCCCCUAAAUCUGAAUCCCCAAAACCUGCUGGAUCCCCUAAAUCUGAAUCCCCAAAACCUGCUGGAUCCCCUACUUCUGAAUCUCCAAAACCUGCUGGAUCCCCUAAAUCUGAAUCCCCAAAACCUGCUGGAUCCCCUACUUCUGAAUCCCCAAAACCUGCUGGAUCCCCUAAAUCUGAAUCCCCAAAACCUGCUGGCUCCCCCAAAUCUGAAUCCCCAAAACUUACAGGCUCCCCCAAAUCUGAAUCCCCAAAACCUACAGGCUCCCCCAAAUCGGAAUCCCCCAAAUUAGGAUCCCCCAAAGCAGAGUCCCCUAAGGGUGAGGCCCCCAAACUAGAAGCUCCAAAGUCAGAGGCCCCCAUGGCUGCAGAAGAGAAAGUAGACAAAAAGAGUGUUUCAGAGGAAGAGAAGAAGGUAGAAAAGAAAGACGCAGCCAUGAACGGAGAUGUGGAGAAGACUGCCCCAGAGGACAAGGACAAGAAGGAUGAGGGUGGGAAAGAGGCAGAGGAGAAGGAUGUUAUCUCAAAUGGAGUGGACGAGAGCCCCACUAAAGAUGACCCCGACCAGAAAGAUGAUCCAAAGGACCAGAAGGUGGUCAUCACCAAAACGGUGGAGACCAUCACCACUGGAGAGGACGGGGCCAAGCAUGUCACCAAAUCGGUCACUGUCACCGAGACUGUGAAGGAGUCUGAGGAUGUGAUGCAGGAGAAGACAGUCUCCAGCAAGAAGAUGGAGAAACACUCUUCCCAGUCCGUCAAGGUGGUGACUGAAACUGAGUAACUGCGCCCCAUCCAACCCACUCAGGAGGAACAAAGACGACACGACAACAAGCAAUCAACCCAGAACUAACAUAACAAAGAAAUCAUAGAGCCAGAGCGAUGUAAUAAAGAUAACCACUCUCAAACAUACAGAAAAGCAACGAGAGAAGCCAUAUGAUGUGACAAAGCUAAAGUUUAAAAAAUGCAUGUUGAGAGAAAGCUUUAAAUGGGUUUUGCUGCAGAUUAUAUCAGGAAAAUGUGGUAGUGGGACAGAUUAUUAAUUGUCUUUAUUUUCCCCUGCAGUUCACGGGAGGGCUCACGGGUGGGAGCGUCUGCAUGCUAGCUCAGGGAGGGAGUCCCCUCCGCUCUAACCUGUAUGUAUGGAUGGAAGGGUUACAGUUUAGAUGCAUACUGUAUGUGGGUGGGAGAGUGAUAGAAAUGUAUGUUAAUUCAAAUGUUAAUUCAAAAGGGGUGCCUGGGUUGGUGGGUCCACUUUAGAGAUCCAUGUUCAAAAGGACUAGCCUUUUUAUGUGAAGAUACCAACUGAGCCAAAAAUACAAUCGUCUACAACACAAUAUAGUGAAGAAUGAGAAAGACGAUGGUGCAAUGUACUGAUGAUCAUAAACAUACAGUACCCGAAGCAACUAAAGCAUAAAGAACCUUGAAGAAACUCUGAGCCUUAAACAUGCUUUUUAUCAGUAUCUAUUAUGUUUACCUAAUGAGUGCAAUUGAAAAUAAAUAUGUAAAUGCGCACACAUACAUUCUUGUAUGCAUAGGAUGGACUUGAAUUUAAAUAGCGAACAUAAAUGAGGUGCUACAGUUUGCAAUCCCAUGUCUUUACUCAUCAUGAACUAUUUCCCAGCAGCAUUUGCUCAAUAAAUGUCAUACUGAAAUACAAA